AUGCUUUCUGACAUUCUCAAUCUUGUUUACCUCCUGCUACGAGACUUGCCCUCGUUUGCCUUGUCUGCCCUAACCCAUAAACUCGCAGCUAUUGUCCACCGUUAUACCUACAAGUCCCUGCCGCCCUCGCAGUCAAAGAAUGUGGUCGUAGUCGGUGGUUCCUUCACCGGCUAUUUCACAGCAAAACACCUGGCCGAAACGCUGCCCACUGGAUAUCGCGUUGUUCUUAUCGAGAAGAAUUCACACUUUAAUUACGUGUUCGCCUUUCCGAGAUUCAGCGUGGUUGGAGGUUACGAGAAAUUUGCUUUCAUUCCAUAUGAAGGGCUGGCAAAGGGAGCACCGAAGGGUAUAUUUGAGUUUGUGCAGGGAAAGGUCGAUAAUGUGGAUGCGCGCGUUGUCAGACUGGAGGGUGGAAAGGAGCUGGAAUAUGAAUACCUAGUGAUUGCCACUGGCACGUCAUCAGCGCUUCCCAGUAAAGUUGCGGCGACGGAGAGUCUUGAUGCACAAGGAGAGUUGAGAGGGUUGCAGAGCACAAUCGAGAAGGCGGCGCGAAUCGCGGUUGUCGGCAGAGGCGCGGUAGGUAUCGAACUCGCGAGCGACAUCAAGGACUUCUAUCCGGAGAAAAGCGUCGUGCUUUUACAUUCAAGAGAUAGGCUGCUGCCAGGUUUCGGGGAACGGUUACAUGAGUAUGUAACAAAGAGGCUCAUUGAUAUGGGUGUCGAGAUCUGGCUCAACGAGCGGCCAGAGAUCAUGGAGGGUAGUCACACACUCAAAUUGAAACAAGGCAAAGAGGAGAUUUUUGAUCUCAUCAUCGUCGAUGAGCGUUUUCCAAACAUCUUUGCCGCUGGCGACGUUGCAGCGUCUGGUGGACCGAAGAUGGCACGAGCGGGUUACAUGCAGACCCUCGUUGUUGCGGACAAUAUCCUGUCUCUAAUCAAAGGGAAGAGCAACAUGAAGGUCUACAAGCCGAUGCGUUGGUUGGAAGGCUCGAUCAAAUUGACUUUAGGAAAGGGAAACUCAAGAGGCCGCGUGCCGUUGAACUUCCCAGGUAAAAUUGCAAACUCAUUCAACAAGGCGCAUGUUGAGUGCACCAACAUAGGACCAUGA